CAGUAGAAAUACCAGAUAAACUCUUAAGAUAAACGAUCUAUUUCCUGAAGCGAGUGAAUUCAUUCGAACAAGCUGACAAGACAAACAGGGUGGGGUUCAAAGCUUUGCGGAAAUUCGGGAGAAAUUCGCCUAAAAAAUGAGAUAUUUGACCAUAUUUGUCCUCCUCUCCACCUUAUUCCGAAAUGGACUCAGCAUCUGGUGCUACCGCUGUGUGGGCUCGCACCCUGGCUGUGGUCUCUAUGACUUCGACUGGCGGUACUACUGGAGCUACCAGUGUCCUGACCCCUAUGACAAAUGUGUAAAGGUCAUUGAACAGAAGGGAGCUGAGGAGCUGAUGGUGACCCGCGUGCCCGAAAACCUGGGGCCACAGAGGGGGCAUCCCCGGCCCACCGCUCGAGGGCUGUCGUCACUGCCCAGGACCCCCGCUGGGCCUAAAUCUUCCCGUCCAUCAAGGAAAUCGAUCACAGAAGGGAACACUACAACAACGUGACCUUCUGCUUCUGCGACUUUGACGAGAGGUGCAACUCAGCGUCAGGGGUGAUGGUGAGCGCAACAGUCCUGCUGGCAUGCCUAGGUCUGGCAUGCUUUGGAUUCGGGGCAUAGGAAACGCUGCUGGCCAUCCUCCUUCUGUUGCAGCUCUUGUGUGUUGGUUGGUGUGGGCUCUGGCUGAGACUGGGUCUUGGUUGGUGAUGUAAGUCUAGAUUAAGGUUGGAGGACUCUGCGCCCCUUCUCCCUCUCCAUGUGUCUCAGUCUUUCUCUUUCUCUUCCCCACCUCCCUUCCCCUUUUUCUCCCUCUCCAUUAACUGGUUCAGAUAGUUUAGUUUGCUUUCAGUCUGAUCAAAGAAUUUACAUCAAAGGUGAUCUUCUCUGCUGCAGUGAUUCUUAGGGGCAUUAACAUUGCAAAGACACACAACCUGGGGAUCAAAGAAUUUGCGUCUCACAAGCUCUUGCCCCCACCUCUGAGGAAGACCAGGCAAGUCAAGUAGUAGACAGUGACCCAUCUUGGCCCUCCAACCACAAGUCACCUCAGAGCACAUGUCUUUAUUCAUCUUUACAGAGAACACUACAGCAACGUAACCUUCUGCUUCUGCGAUUUUGAGGAGAGGUGCAACUUGGCCUCGACACCAUCCCUCAGCAUGGCUGCACUGAUUAGCCUGGUCCUCAUACACCUUUAGUGUAGUAAUGAUGUCUAGCCAGAAUGUUCCUCAAGAAUUAGUGGGAAGAACGGUUUUUUGAAUUCCUUUGUGCAGUUUUGAAAGAGGGAAAGUAACCUAGUAUUGGAGUGCUUAAAGUACCAUUCUUGUAGGAGGGGUUACAUCAAAAGUUCUCAUAUGUGCAAAGAAAUAAUAACAGAAAACUUGAUUAUGCUCAUGGCCUGCAGAUAGAGUGCCAAAAAGAAUUUUCUUGAGAGUAUUACUAAAAGAUAUAUUGUAAAUUAAUUUUGUAUUGUACUCUUGAAGUUUGAAUUGUAAAAAGAGAAUGCACACAGUAGAUCAAACAAUUUUUAGACAUUUAUGACAUUAUAAAUAUUUAUACAAUGUAAGUGUGAAAUCAUAAUGGCGUGAACAGCUGGUCUUGAGGAAACAAAUCAUCUUCAUAAAAAAAACUGUCAAAUUAUUUUAGUAGCAAGUUAUUGAAUGCUGAGUAAAGCAUUAUAUGCUAAAAAGAUAAUUCAAGACAGAAAUUUCCCUUCAAAUUGUAAAGAAAGGACCGCUGCUAAAAUUACUGAAUCAUUCUGUGCAGUAUAGCAUUAAUUUGGAAUGUGUUUGUCAUGUGUUUUGGAAUGAAUUUCGGUUACUGUUGGUUGCAGGUUUAGGGUUUCUUGAUACUUACUUAUCCCUUUUCUUAUUAAUCUCUUUGUAUUAUUAGAUUUUUUUCUGAUAAAUCUUCAAGAUUUAAACUCAUAUUCUGUGUGAAAUCCCAAGUCUCACCUUACAGCCAUGUUAAAUGUCUCAUCAUUCCAUUAAUUUUUAUAAGAGCUUGUAGAUGAAAGAUUUUCACUAUUCCAUUACAGAUUCUAUUUUUUACAAUAUAGUUUUUAAGGUCACACAUACUAUGAAACCCUCACUUGUUAUUCACACAUACAGGUAUGAAAAGCUAUUUCUUGUGAUACGAUAUCUCAUAUUAAGGUUUAUAAGCCUCAUUAAAGCCUAUAUUUGUUAUACAGGCAAGAAAACUGUCCGCGCCUGUUCUGCACAGGUUUUGAGGGUCUUGUACUUGUUUGAAACGUGUUCCGUCCAUCCUGACGCUUUUUGAAUUGUGUACAAACUUAUUAUCACUAGUGUUAUAUCAAGAAAAGAAAGAGGAUCUGAUUUAUCAUGUACAUAUAUACAUGCUGAUAAUAUUAUGUUCAGAAAGGUCUGUGCAUCAUUAUGACUUACUUUUAAAAAAUUUUCGUUUUAAGGAAUGAAAAUUUAAUUAUGAAAAAGUUCAUUUAUGUGUAUAUAUUUUUUUUAUUAUACAAUUGAAACAUUAUCUGGGUGAAACACUGUACAGCAUGAAAGAGUCCUUUGUAAACUCAUCCUGCAUUUGUGUCAGGCUUUCACAGUUUUAAGAGAAGCCAUGGAAGUAUUGUACAUUAUUUUAAAAUAUAUACUAUUGUUAUUAGGGAGAGGGAAUACAUAUCAGUAUAAGUAUGUAAUUGAAAUUGUACAUUGAAGGUAACAUGAAUGUGGGUUUCUUAUGCAAGUUUUUUUUUUUAAUGAAAAAUAUAGAAAUGUAAAACAAAAAAGAAUUCAAGGAUGUAACUAAUAGAAAGAUUAUUCCGUCCAAUUUUUGUACAAGUAAGGUAUAAUUAUGUGUCCAAAUUGCUGUUUUGGCUAAUGUGAAGCCAGUGCAUUGCUGAUGACUGUACUGGGGAAGAAAUAUGUUUCUAUUCUCUUGCAGUAAAUAUCCGACUCCAAAUGCA